GAGGUCUGUGAACUCGAGCUGUGAGAGUGCUGAGACUGUUUGGUCGAUAUCUCGAGUUUUACAAAUCCAAUUAAGGCGUGUGAGAUACCCACAGAAAGCUCUCAAGACGAGGAAUCCGUGAAGGUCUGGUUUGCAGGAAUCGGAGUUGUGGAAGGCUUCCAAAUCGUCCGAGCAAAACACAACCUCGCAGGAGAGGAUUUAAUCUUUUAAAGAAUCGAGUUAGCCGGAAAACACCCGUUCUAGGGGCUGUUUUCGUAUCAACGAUUAAGGGUUGAACUAGCACUUUGAGGAGGCUGUUUAACACUCAUAUUUGAGCAAGGAAUCAGUCCCAAAUCCACCUUGACCAAAGAUUUGACCAUUGGACCAAGAAGGGAAAGUUUAAAGCUCAAUUGAGGUUGAGGCUAGAGCUUGCUUCCUGUGCUCGUUGAUCGAGUGAUUCCUUGGAGAGAAGACUUGAAAUGGACCGUGGUGGCAGGAUUACUAGGAGGAACCCGACGGGUCGUGUACCAGUGGAGACUGGACAGGGCAGUCGAAGGACCUCUAGGGCAUCUAGAGGAGCUGGCCGUGGAGGCCGAUCACAGACCGUGAGUGACGGUCAUGUCGACACGGAAAGUGAAACCUACUGGUCCUAUGAGGACUCGACCUAUCGACCGGAAACUGAACCGGUUGAGACCCCUUAUGAAGGGGAUGAUGAUGAUGUAAGUGAUGAGGAGGACAACGGCUCCUUAGCGCGGAUUGAGGCACUACUCCAACAAUAUCACCGUGAGCGUGAAGAGAGGAGGGAACGCCGAAGGCGCCGGGCUGGGCAACCUUCGGGCAUGGCUUCACGAGGAGGAAGUCAUGGUGCAUCUAGAGUCCAUGUGGAACCACGUGGAGGCCAAAAUGAUGGAGGUCCAACCAUAAGGAUCUCCAAAUACAUCAAAGAAGCAAGAGAUUUGGGGUGCAAACCCUUUGAUGGAGCAGGGGACAUUUCAGUGGCAGCACAAUGGAUCAAGAGGCUAAAUGAAGCGGCCCUUGACAUGCAAAUCGCGCCGAAUCUCAAACUGAGAAUUGCGGUAAGAUUGCUCGAGGGGAUGGCAUCCAAGUGGUGGGAUGGGACCAAGAACAAGUACGGUGAGACCGUCGUUUGGGAGGACUUCCAACGGGAGUUCUUUGCCCAAUACUAUUCUGAUUUCGAGGUGAAUAAGAAGGUGAGGGAAUACACCCUCCUAACCCAAGGGGGUAACAUGUCAGUGAAGGAGCUUGAGUACAAGUUCCGGGAUCUCGCCGACUACAUACCGGAGUAUGCUUGUGACGAGAACCGCAUGGUGAACCACUUUUGGGACGCUCUUGACUUGGAGAUACGUGAUAGGGCAACGCAAUUGCCUAAUAUGACUUUCGCCCAAGUGGUUGAACAAGCAUUGAAAGGGGAGAAACAGUGGGAGGAACGGAAGAAGAGAGACGCCGAAGAGGCGAAAAAGAGAAAAUGGGAGAGUCAUGGCUCCCAAGGUUCCAACAAAAGGGGGAACCACGGAGGAGGAUCGUUCCGGGCACCACCGCCACCAUCAAGGGGGAACCAAGGCCCGAGUGGGCAAGGCUCGAGGUCACAAACCUCGGUGAUAACUCGUUGCAACAAUUGCAAGAAGAAUCACUCCGGUAAGUGUCGCGACCCCACUAGAUGUUUCCAAUGUGGGGAUGUCGGACACUUGAAGGCGCAUUGCCCCCAGUUGGGUGGGGCAAGGACAUCGGGACCAAGUAGCGGGGCUGCGGGAAGUAGAAACCAAGCCGGGGGUUCCCAAGUAACCAGGGGGCAAGGGGGAGCAAGCGCGAGUAACGCGCCGUCCGUGAAUCAAGGAAGGACGCAAGCUAGAGUCUACGCAAUGACCGAGGCUGAUGCUCGGACUAAUCCCGA